AACGAGUCGCAGCGACCGGGGUGAACUGCCUCCGUGGCUCGCCAAUCCCCUCGCAUGGGCCGUAAAGAUCCUGAAGCGGGCCUUUCUUUCCUUGAGACGCACAGGUGGGCCUUCGUCCCGUCUCGCUCGGCACCGCUGAUGAAAACUCAUGGAAAAUCGCUGUGAAAAGAACAAGACUGAGGCUGGAUUGUACUGCGGCCGGGCCGAGGCAGCAUCGUUAGGAGCUUUCGACAGCUGCAGCGGAGUCAGCAGAGCAGCCCAGGCGGCUAGAGUUUAAUCCCCACACGGCACACGCCACGCACACGGCGGAGGAGCUCAGAUGGCCAGCGGCGGCGCGUCGGACGCGGAGGCGGAGCUGCGGCGGGGCUUCAAGGCCCUGGCCGUGACGCGGCCGGACCCGGCGGCCGCGGUCUACGAGGUGCGCCUCAGCCGCCCCGCGCAGCGCAACGCGCUCAGCCCGGACUCCUUCGCGGAGAUCCCGCGCGCCAUGGCGCUGCUCGACCGCGUCCCCGCCGCGCGCGCCGUCGUGCUCUCCGCCGCGGGCCCCCACUUCUGCGCGGGCAUCGAGCUCGGCGGGCCCGGGAACCCGCUCACCGCGCCCUUCAGCCGGGGCGCCGACCCCGCGGCCGCGGCCGAGGGGCUCCGCCGCGCCAUCCUCGGCAUGCAGGCCGCGCUCACCGCCGUCGAGCUGUGCCGGAAGCCCGUCAUCGCGGCCGUGCACGGCGCCUGCGUCGGCGGCGGCGUCGACCUCGUCGCCGCCUGCGACAUACGCUACUGCUCAAAGGACGCCACGUUCGUGCUCAAGGAGGUGGACAUGGCCAUCGUUGCCGACCUCGGCGCGCUCCAGCGCCUGCCGCGGAUCGUCGGCUACGGGAACGCCGCAGACCUAGCCCUCACGGGCCGCAGGAUCACCGCCGCGGAGGCCAAGGAGAUGGGGCUGGUCAGCAGGGUGUUCGAUUCCAAGCAGGAGCUGGAUGCUGGUGUUGCGAAGAUCGCCAAAGAAAUAUCAGAGAAGUCGGCAAACGCAGUGAUGGGAACGAAGGCAGUUCUACUGAGAAGCAGAGAUAUCACAGUAGAGCAGGGCCUGGAGCAUGUAGCGACUUGGAACUCUGGAAUGCUGAGAUCUAAUGACCUGAUGGAGGCCAUCAAAGCUUUCAUGGAGAAGCGGAAGCCUGUUUUCUCUAAGCUCUGAUGAUCUUCAUCAUGGGCGAAAAUUUAUAUGUGAACCCUAGCCAC